AUGGUCUUUGGGCACAGAAAUUGUGCAGUAUUUGGGUGCCAUAACAGUGGGAAAAAGCUUGAGAAAUGGGCUUCACAGCAAUGCGAAGUUCACGAUUGUUUACACGGCACUCCGCCAUGUGACUGUCCGCUGCCGUUCAAGCUAUUUCCGUUCCCUACUGAACGCAAAAACAAUGAGGGUAGAAAGCGCUGGAUCCAUCUUCUAAAGAGAAAAGGCCCGAAAGGAGAAGUCUGGCAACCUAAUAAUUCGUCGAGAGUCUGCAAUGAGCACUUUGUUGAUGGGAAACCCACGAAAGAAAACCCUGAUCCUGUACUCAAAAUGAGCUACGAGACAAAGUCUACUCGUAACCGUAAACCGCCUACUGAUAGAUCAUCAUUACUAGAAGAAAUGAAACGUUUAAGAACUCAAGAUAAUACUCAAGAUAACACACAAGAUAAUAUUCAAGAUGAUACUCAAGAUAAUGCACAUGAUAGUCAAGAUGCUCCUGUGAUUCAAGAACCAAGUAGUUCCUCGUUUAUAACAGAAGAAGAACAUUGUACUACUGCCGGUCGACCCGACCAUAUCACUCACGAUCAUGCAUAUUCGUUUGGCUGGUACAACCUAGAAGAUCCUGACUUCUGUAUGAAAGAAAAAUGCUUGCAGGAAAGACUCAAGCAGUUCAAUGAGAUCAAAGAUCUCAAAGAAAAACUCCAAGAACUUGAAAGUGAACUCAAAGCAUGUAAGAUAAAACUCAAGGCCAGACAGCGUAAGGGACUAGAACAUUCUGAUUUGAAAACAAAUUCAUCUGUUCGUCUACUAACCGGCCUACCAUCAAAACGAGUAUUCAAUAAGUUGUUUGAAGUAGUGAAGGGAAACAUUAAAAAAGUAAACUACUGGAGUGGCCCAAAAAAAUCUACUAAAAAGGAAGAAACUUCAAAAAAAACACCAAAUAAGUUUGGCCCUAAAAGAGCUUUGUCAGAAAAAGAUGAGUUUCUUUUGACCUUAAUGAAACUUCGACUUGGAUCAACAAAUGCUGACUUAGCACAGAGGUUUGGAAUUUCAACUACAAAUGUAACAAAUGUUGUUACUACCUGGGUGAAAAUCCUAGCAAGUGAACUUAAAUGUUUGGUUUACAAUCCCUCCAUCGAUGUUGUGAAAGCAACUUUGCCCGCAAAGUUUAAAAAGCCAGGCUACUCUAAUGUACGCCACAUCAUUGAUUGCACAGAAAUAUUUAUUGAAACCCCAAGCGACCCAAACCUUAGAGCAGCUACGUGGUCAGACUACAAGCAUCACAACACUGCUAAGCUGUUGGUAUCAAUAACACCACAUGGUUUUUUCAAUUUCUUAUCCAAAGCAUGGGGAGGGAGAACUUCAGAUGUGCAUCUGACAAGAGAAUCAUCAUUUUAUGAUAUCAUUGAACCUGGCGAUGAAGUGAUGGCAGACCGUGGAUUCACAAUUGCUGAAGACCUCUUAAUCAGAAGCUCAAGACUACACAUCCCCCCUGGUAAACGUGGACAAGAGCAGUUCACUAAAGCUGAAGUUGCUAAAACAAAAGAAAUUGCAAAUCUUAGAAUCUUUGUUGAGCAAGCAAUAAGACGGUUGAAGACGUUUAGACUGAUAAAGCAUGAACUACCAAUAUCACUGCUUGGCAGUAUAGACAACAUUGUACUUAUUUGUGCAGCCUUAUGUAACUUGUAUAGACCCUUGGGUAAAAAAUGA